AAUGUCCCCCUCCCUUCUCUCCUGCUUUUAUAAUCUGCGAUUGCGCGUCAGCUCCCAUUGGCUGCGUGAGAUAAUCGGUCAGGGCCGGGGGGAGAGAGUGGAGGACACAGGGCCAGCAUGUUUACUCCCACACACAUCCAGAAUUAGUCUUCUUCCAGACCUGCUCAGAGUUUUAGUUCAUUUUUUCUGCGGACACUAAAGGGCUCGCCUGGGAGGAGGCGUCUCCACCAUGUUUGCGUGGCGCUCGGUGAGGCUGUCAGCGUCCGCCUUCAGGGGUCCGGGCUCGGUUCUGCUGCGGGUCAACGCAAACGCACCAGGGAGGUUCGCGACUGUGACGUUUCAGCGGCACCGGUUCUUCUUCUGCGGAGCUGCUGGCCUCAAACAGCGCGCGCACCUGGAGCGACAGAACCUGGAGCCCACACGCGUCCUGGACCGGAACACGUCGGCUGCUUUUGUAACAUCAGACUGGAGCCGUUCGAACCGGGGGUCGGCGGCGGCUUUGAAGCUGUCCGACUUUGACCGCACGCGCGGCAACAUCAGAGGAGGCACGUGGAAGAAGAGUGUUUUGUUUACAGGUAACUCCUCCGACAUGCAGACCAGAGCUGCCUCCACAAAAACAGCCGCGAAGAAGAGCGAGGAGCAGGCUGGCGACGACAAAGGGGAUCUCCAGGAGGCCUCAACUACCUCAACCACAGAAAAGAGUCUGGAGGACAAACCGGAGCAAGAGGAAGGAAAAUUCAACAAAACCCAGCAGCUAAAGAAAGUCUUCAAAGAGUACGGAGCUGUGGGAGUUUCCUUUCACACCGGGAUCUCGCUCAUGUCUCUGGGAAUGUUCUACCUCCUUAUAUCCAGUGGGAUUGACAUGGCAGCCAUACUGUGCAAACUGGGCUUCAGCGAUGCCAUGGUUCAAUCCAAGAUGGCAGCUGGAACCAGCACCUUUGUCCUGGCCUACGCCGUCCACAAGCUCUUUGCUCCCGUUCGCAUCAGCAUCACGCUGGUGUCAGUUCCUCUCAUCGUUCGCUACUUCAGAAAGACUGGACUCUUUAAACCGCCCACACCUGCACCCUGAUGACUUCUCUGCUCUGCUGCCUCAUGAAACAAACAGGAAGCUCUUUAAUCAGAAUGUCUGUAUGUUAAUUUGCUCAUGUGCCUGUGUGUGAUGCGUCUCAUGUUUACUCUUUGCAUUUGUGAAUCCAGGUGACAUAUUUUCUGUUCUAAAUCCGCUGUAACAGAAUCUGGAACAGUUUUACUUGAUGUUAAAGUUAAGAGAUGCAUUUCAGAAUCAUGUCGUUAAUAUUUAUGCAUUCUGAACUUACAGAACAAAAAGAAAAUUUGAAAGUUUUAUUUUUAAUCUUUUGCCAUGUUUUUCUUUAUGACCCAGAAGUAAAAAACUUAUGUUUGUGGCCUAAUGGGUUAAUGUUGAGGGUUUCAGGUGGGUGUAAAUUGAAACAAGCUGAUUCUUUCUCCUCUCUUCUAUAGAUGAUUCUGAUAUGUUCUGGUGUUUUGAGAGUCAUUAGGUUUUUAUUUUAUAUCCCCGUCUUCUUCCUUCUGUCCCUACUUCUUACAUUUUCCCAUUUUCCUUAUUCAUAUUCUCAUGUUUAAAAAUACCACAACUCAAGUAUCUUAUUAAAGCUCAUUAGCGUACAGAGUAUUUGUUAUAGAGGGUUUUGAAGAUGGACUGUGUUGACUCUGUUAAAUUUAGUAGACAUUUAUUUUUGUUGUCAUCCAGCCAAUAUUACAAAAUCAU